CUGAAGGUGCAGACGCUGCAGUCCCAGUAGCCAUCGUCGGCGGGCGGCUUCAGUUGCCGCUUCGGCCUUCAAACGACACAAAACAACAGCGGGCAAGCUCGCUAUUAACUCUGCCUCUGUGAAUAAUGUUCAACCCGAAACGACUCGCUUACUGUAUGAGCAACUCCGAAGAAGUCGACUAAAUGAGGGAGCUUCUACCAACAAGCUAACAAGCUAGCCGCCAUGAAACAGUGAAAACAUCCAUCAAUUUACGAAGCCGUCUCGUUUUCUGGGAAUGACCUACAGAGGCCUCUUCAGUCGUGGAUUUUUAUUUUUACCUUGUGGGACUCUUCUUGUCGCCCAUAACACACAAGUUGGCGUCAACGGAAUUAAAAAGGAUCCUGUACCAAUCCAAAAAAUCGCGUUUCAGCUGUCUUGGAAACUCCGGUAGUGGAGUGUCAUGUGACCAGAGUUCAACCAAUCACGUUCAGUGUUAUGGCAACUACGCGACUCUUUUGAUGUGUCUGGCGGCCGAACUCUUGCGUUCAUGUUAAAUAGAGGAUCUUUGACACGUGUCGUUGCUGUAGCUUCUUAAAAUAGAAGAGCGCUCCUUUCAUAUCUAGAAGAUAUUUCCAUAAGGUUCAGCAUAACGUGGCUUAAGUAUAAAUAUGGUGUCCUCCACCCACUGUCCACCAGGUGGCAGCAGCGGUUAGCUUGAGAUUCACCAACGAAGAAGAGCGAACGCGGAAACUAUACAUCACACGUACAUCUUGUGUUAAUGCGGGGAUUAAACAUUCUUUAGGUUCUUCACAACAUACCGAUACUUCAUCCAGUGCAUCCACGCUUCCAAAAUGGCAUUCCGACAUCAGUGGCAUUCCGUGCGAGAGCAGUACGAGCAGCACUUCUCACCGAUGGACACGAGAGAGGUGACUGUGCAUCGCGUGGUCAACAUCGUCGACAGGAGAAGCGCCCACCCUUCUUCUGGGGGUGCGAUGAGCUACGACAGAGGGUUUGAUGACGACCAGUGGUACAACGAAGGUCCGAACUAUCACGGGGAAACGUGCCACAUGGAAGACGACUACCUGCCAAACCGCUACUACAACGAAAACCCCAACUAUGGCAAUGUCCGCAGAGAGUCGCCAUGCCGCCAUCAGGAGCCACCUUAUCAGCGUCCGCGUUAUGGCAGAGAUGAUCUGAGGCAUCAGUUACGCUCCAGGCAAAAUGGCCGCCCCGGUCCUUACUUCAAAACCAGAGGUCGAGGCCAAUCCCACGACCGAGAGGAGCGGAAUCACUUCAGGCACGGCCAGAACGUGGAGUGGGAGCGCUUUCCCGGAAAGCGGAAAGGCCCGCCAGCUGCCAAAAAGAACGGCUCCUCGGAGUCUGACAAAGGCUCUGGCCAGUCUCCAAAGACAGAUCAAAGCCUCGCUGUUACAGUCCACACCCCCAGCGGCUCGGUGGGAGAAUCUCCUCAAACGUCUUCAUUGUUGAAGCAGGAAAAACCUUCUGACUCUGAAACGGGAGCAGAGGAGAAGGAGGUGGUGCUGGAGGUGGCUCCUCCCAGCCUGGAGCCCAAGACCACUCAAGAUGAAGACGUGAAGGCCCGACGGUCGGAAGCCAUUAAAGCCAAGGCGCUGGAUAUUGAGAAGGAACCUCAUGUUGCAGCUCCAUCCAGCGGUGUCAGAAACAUCACCAAAUGCUUCACGGGUGGUACUAUUUAAAGUUCUACUCUCCAAAAUUAUGGAAAAACAACAAACUCCAAACCAAAUUGGAAUUCAAACCAUCAUCAUCCAAGUGUGUAUUUUGCUUUUUGGCUGCUUAUGUUGUAGGUGAUGCCCCCACACAAGGGUACAAGACAGCAAAUAAACAAAAAGUGUCAUUCCGUGUUAGGUUAAUGUUCAUGUUCGUGUUUGGUAUGAUUGACUUGUGUUUUUGUCAUGUGUGACCGUUGGUACUGUUUAAUGCUACUGAAGAUGCUGCCUGUCAUAUUAAGCACUGUCAGCAUGACAAACACGCCCGCCGAGUACCUGCAUGCCUUGAUGUUGUUCUGUGCUGAGGACUGUCAUUACGCAGAUCUGCCAGACUUUAAAGCAUCUGACAGUCUGGGGUAUUUUCUUUUGACUGUUCUGUGAGCACAUACCGUAGCUAGUUGUUGUACUGCGAGGACUACAAGUGUUUCCUUCAUAGCUGUAAUAACAAACUGGAUCCUGCCAUUAUUUCCCAUUCUGUAGUUUCCCUUCUGCUGGAGCCGUAAAAGCCAAUAGUGGGCUGAGGGUGGCGGAUUGAACCAAGUCUAGGACUUUACGAGCAUGCUGGAGCGAGUCGAGCCAAAGAAUUAACCCCAGGAGAAUAAAGUUGACCUUUGUUUGGCUCUUCUUCUUGGUGUUCAUGCAUACCCAUUCUCAUUUGUCAGUCAUGAUCAACCCUUUUUGUCUUCUUUCUCUGCCUGAGAAUCCAACAUACAAAUGAACAUCUCCAUAGUUGGAACUAAAAAGCCUCUGCAGACACUUAAAUGGUGUUUAGUCAGCGUAGGUUUCCCAACAAAACUCUUGAAUCUUGAAUCCGCCACGUCCGUUGAUUCAUGGUGACAACAAGCACGUUUUCCUUUCCUUUGUUGCCUUUCCACAGCACGUACCUUCAUAGUGAAGCAUUUAUAAGAGACAUGCCCAAUAUUGGUUUUCUUACACCUAUCCAAUGCUGUCUUCCCUUGUUUAUCAUGGGGGGUAGGUUCCCAAAAUAGCCCACAAUAAGUAAAAUCGGCAAAAUAGCCAACUAUAUUUUUGUACAAUGAUUCAAUAGGUUUUAAGGCUGUAGAAACCCUCACCAUACACUUUAUACACCUUUCUCACACAGGCAUGAACAUUUCUCUCUUGUUUAAACACUCAAAGUUCAAAUUUCCUUUGCGUUUUAAUGAUCGUCUUACGAGGUUGGACACAUGAAGCGACUUUCAGUCCUCUGAUCGUGGCUUGUCAUGGCGCCGUGAGGCUGUAGUGUUUUUGUAUCCUUGUUAAAACAUAUUCCUCCUCCUCGUCCCUCAUGAACCCAAGAUUCAUUUACAGUAUUCCAGGCACCCUACAGCCGCGUACCUUCUGCCUUCAUUCAGCAUGUAUGAUCAUACAACAGGAAACAGGCAAUACUGCACAAAGGAGAUUGGCUGUAGACCCUUGUCAUGAAUCACAACACAAUGGGCGGGUUCUCCCUUAGCCAAUCAGAAUUGUUGUGGCGCUAUAUUUACUGAGACAAACUGGGCACAUCUGGACACGCCUUCACCUCUCACAUGACCCUCUACCGGUAACAGCAGUAAAUACAAAAACAGGCACAAUGUGCCUUCAUACGCUGUUAAAAAAAACAUGCAAAAUUGCACUUUAAAAAAUCCACAAGAGAGCGAAUCCACAAAAUGUGAACAAGAGAAUGUUGCCAUUUUAAUUACAGAAGGCUAGCGAGCUAAAUGGUUAGCUUCCAAUUUAUUUAUUCUAAACCAAUAAAGUAUUUCAAACAGAGUAGGGAAGAAGGACAAAGUAAGAAGCCAAAAACAUACCACUUCCACAAGGAAUGGGAGGAUAACUUUUUUCACUCAUGUUGGACAUGCCAUGGCUGACUCCAUGCAGCGUUAAUCUAAUCUAAUCUCAUGUCUCAUCAAUGUAACAUUACUGACACCAAAGGACCACAAUACUACAUACUGUAUGACUUGUCUUUCACUAUUUGUAUUCAUUCUUUCAUUUUUGAAAAAGCAUGGUAAGUAUGAGUGAGGGAGUGAUGUUUGAACUCACUAGAAGGUGAUCAGAUGUUUACUCCAAAGCGUGAGAACUUUUCCUGGAGAAGGAGAGUGUGCGUACGUCAUGUACAGAUACACAAAUGCAUAAAUGGGCCCAAGACACAGUACACUGGUGCCUUGGUUAACACCAUCAACCUGUUCCAGAAGGUCCGACUCAAACCAAAAUGGACCAAAAAUCAUGUAAAUCCAAUUCAUCCCUUCCAGACAACAAAAAAUGUUAACACAAAGCACAUUUUAUAUACAAUAAUUCUAGUGUUACAUGCAGAAAAUGAUGCAAAAAUAAUGACAAAUGAAUGGACAAGUGAACAUUUAAUGUCACUUUUACCUCGUUUUGUUAGAAAGCAACCCAGAAAACCAUCAGAGAAGAAAAUAAGACACAAUGAACCACAGUUUGCAUGAAUAUACCAAAGUAAAUGUGAACGCUGUGGAGCCAAUAAACACGUACCUUGACUUUGAUGUAGGAAAUGAUCAAAAACCAAGCGCUGGCGGCAGUGACGUGGUGGAAGUGUCGGUGAGGAUGCCUUAUAAGGUGUGUGGUGACGUGUGCUAUGUUGGACUGUGUGAACACGCCUAGCUAACUCUGAAUGCUUAUGUUUUGUUGUUGGAAGCAGAAAUGAGUGUUAUGGAUGUCAGACGAGACCCAAGCGGAGUAGAUGUGUACACGUGGAGCACUCCCGUCACAUCUACAUACCUCUGAAAUGACCACGCUCUUCUCUUUAAGCCCUAAAACUGGGAGGUGUUGUCUCGUACGGUCCAUGGCCUUUCUCUGUUGUGUGUUUGUUACGUGGUGUAUGUCUCUACAACGCUCAUAGAAACAACCAAAAAUAGCGCCCGCAGCCCACUGCGCAUUGCUCAAUCACAUGGCCACGUGAUCCCAGAUGGCGGUGUACACAAACCGAAUGCCAUUUUAGAUGUUAAACAAGUGGGCGAACGUAAGCUAAGGCAUCAUUUGUUAAGUGAAAAAGGUGCUAACCGGGGCAGAUGUUAACCAAGGGACCACUGUAUUUAAAAACAAUUGGAAGAUAUUUUUGAAGCAAAGUCAAUUAUUGUUUUUUUUGUCUUGUUAAUGAGCAUCCUGUAUUUACGUGAAAAACUCCAAAGAUGUCAGUGCCUCACCAGCCAUGAGCCUCAGUGCAUGUUGACCCUGAUUGAAGGGUACAAGUAUUUUGGAGGACCUGGCUAUCCCGGCCGGCCCUAUUUGAGUAACUGGUCCCACAUGAAGGUGAUGAAGGGUUGCGAGUUCACACCUGGGGGGCCUACGAACGAACUUAACAGCCACUUUAGGUCAGCAGUAAAGUCCGUGAGCGAUGCAAGAGCUCGUUAGGAUACCGUGCCAAAGAAUGCUGCAGUGCACUAAAAGACUUUUGACACCUUGCCUUUUUAAGUAUGCUCACAUGAACACACACACACCUGUUUGGUGGAAUACACCAGUUUACCAGGAAUGGGUUCAUGGAGUUCACGCUUAGGAACAGCUGCCAGGCUGGUGUUGGUUUCUGCGUGUGCUGCGGCAGAAAAGGAUCCAAUACAAUUAGCUUCCAUUGAAGUUGGUGGUAAAGUAAGCAAAUAUGCCUUCGAUGAAACGUGAGCAAUGCAAGGUGGAUCACUGGUGCUUCACUACUCUGGUCAAGGCCAGAAAUAUAAAGCAAAAGAUACUUGGUCUGCACUUUGGUACACUUUGGUUAUUGUUCACAUUAUUGUAUUUUUGUCUUGUGACCAAAGGCUGUGCAGGAAAGAACGUGCAUCAGGUAAACAGUUGAUUGGGCAGCUGGGUUGAAUAUGUAGCUGACUUUUUAUAUUCUCUUGUAUUUGUUAGCUUACAUUUAAGGAAAAUAUACUUUUAAAAACACAGACACACACACAGAGGGAGACACGGGGUGUCCCGAGCUGAUAUUUAUGUUGGAUAGGGGUCCGAUAUCAGGAAAGAAAAAAAUGAUUACUCUGGCCUGCAUUUAAAAUCUCCAAUACUGGCAGUCCGAUACAAGGUGUCCAUUCUGGACUCCACUCCAGCAGGGGCCAGCUAGAUCGCACGUGAUCACAACAGUGUGUGCUAACGUGCUAACAAUAAAGUAGCAUGGAAUAGGAGUGAUGGUGGCUGUGUGGUAGUAUUUUUUGUUCAAGUCCAGAAAAAGACGAUGCAGCCGAGUGGAAAACUUGUCAUGCACAAGUUUCCUGUGUUGGUGACUAAAGUCAUUGUGCAGUUGAAGCAGCAUCACACGGGAAACUCCCACAGGACAGCAAUAAGUCAGUCAGUCAGUUAGCAAGAACAGCUCCAGUUGGUGAUGAGUAAUGUCGGGUUUAACGCUUCAGUGAGCACCUUGAGCCUCACUACAUGAUGCUACUAGCCUAGCUGCUACAUGAUACUGUAACUACAACUAUACAGCACAUGCAUAAAUAUACCUCACUACGUGAUAUCAAACUGUACAGCACAUGCAUAAGGACUUACAUGGCUGUUUUUCUCAUAUCUACUGUUGCUGAUUAUUGUUUUCUGUUUGUCUGAUAUGACUUGAUUAAGCCUCUGCUAACAUUCCACACUGGAAAAUUAUGGAAUCACAGGAGUGCCAAAAUUAAAAGGGAAUGCAUGCGGAAAUACAAAGAGAAUCAAUAAUACAAAAAUAUUAUUUUUCCAUGUUGCCAUUGUUUUUCCUGUUUUGUCUUUGUCUUUUCCACUUGCCUUUUGUCAUUGCAUUUAGUCAUGACAAAGACAAAAGAAUGAUUGAAUUAUUGUCUUUGUUUUUCCAUUUUGGCAUCGCUUUUCCUGUUUUGUCUUUGUCUUUUCCAUUUGCGUUUCGUCAUUUAGUAAUGACAAAUGCAGUAGCUUGCAAAUGCAAAAGAAUUUGCAUGGUAUUGCAUUUGUCAUUACACAGCCUUUGCUGUGGGCGGGUCAUUCGGGGGAAAUUUAAAUAUGGUGGACAAAUUGAAAAGACGUGUUCAACGAGAAUUAUGAGCAAUUGCACGGUUGGUGGAAGAUGUCAUGGAAAGUUUUGAUAAAAAAGUCUUUAAAGGCUAUAUCUGCGUUGAUGAUUGCAAAUAUGGAUGAAGCAGUGUGGUGCAAUCUUAAGCAGGUAAAUGCCUUAUUUUAUCUUAUUUAAAUUUCCCUGUUUACUUUUGAUAAACGUGUACUUGCGUCUACUUUCUGUCCGGUACAUUUUUUCCGGGCUCCCGAGUUUCCAUAACGACAUAGCCACUGCAAGCAGAAAUCGUGUAAUCACGUAUGGAGUCGUCAUCAUUUUGCAUUUGCAAGCUAUUGCAUUUGUCAUUACUAAAUGACGAAACGCAAAUGGAAAAGACAAAGACA